AUGUCCACCGUCAAAUCUUCCACCCAGCGACUGUUGAACGAGAAGACGGAAGAGGGUUUGCAGCUGCCAUCGCGAAUAGUCAAACCGCCGCCCUUGCCGUCGAUUCCUGAGGUUCAGCAGUUGGCUGGACUGCGUGAUAAUCGUGACCAACUCCGCCAUUGCUUCGUACCAGCCGAUAAGAACGGUUGUCUCGGGUUGCAUCUUAGCCGCACGCCCUGGGAUCCGUAUCCGUGGGUGAGCGGUGUCGUCGAAGGGUCCUGUGCGGAUACGGCCGGCGUACGGAUCGGGGACUGUGUGCUUGAAGCGAACGGAGAGGAUCUGCUCGGUCUGAAAGUGAUCGAUAUCGCCAAACGAGUCCGUGGUCGAAAAAUUUCCCACUCGAAUCCCGCCGGCGUUGGAUUGUUGCUGUGGAAUUCGGGCUUUGAGAAAAAUAACCUUAACCCACAGUCAUUGUCACGGUUUGCCAAUUGUCUGCAAGGCAUUACCGGGCUACUCGAGUGUCCUAUCUGUUUGGAGAUCAUAAGACCACCUUCGUGGCAAUGUAACCAUGGGCAUCUGAUCUGCUCCGGAUGUCGCUCCAGAACCACGAAGUGUCCGAUAUGCCGGGAAGUGCUGGGUCGUGGUCGAUGCAUCGUAGCAGACAAACUGUUCCAUUAUCUGGUGCAAACUUUGGGACGUGAAGCAGAUCAGCAUCAGUACACUGCGUUGGAUCCGAAAUCACAGGAUGCAACACACAACCAGCAGCAUCCUAAUGGUCAAGCAAACAUCUCUGGACGGCUUCCGCUGGUGCGCCGAGAGCACCAACAUCGUCCAUCGCAGCACCGACCACAGCCAGCGCAUCCGUUCACGCACAAGCACGCAUUCAAAUUGAAAGCAAACAUCGGCCCUAAUGGCACGCCGGCAUCCGUACUACCAUCCCAGGUGACGACACCAGCGUCCAACGUACCGGUCACGUACCACUGCCCUUCCGGUCAGCCUUGUGCGCGGAUGAAAAAUCAACAUGACAUCCUGAUUCACCUACAAAAAGCACACCAAACCAGCGUCGUGCAGUACUACGUCACGGCGGACGACACGGUGGACGUCACGCUGUGCGAUGGCAGCAAUUCGUUGACCUGCGUGGUCUUACUGCCGACCCAAUCGUUCAAGGGCAAUCACAUGUUCUUCGUGACAAAGUUUCGCAGCCUGGAGGAACCGAACGAUACGCUAUGCUGGAUGUGGCACUUGGGCGAAGCACACGAGAGUGGCCAGUUGCAGGUGCAGCUGUUUCCCAUCGCAACAGAUGAUCGGCCACCAGUAACGGGCGGAUCCUGGCAGGGACACCCGGUCCCGCUCGAGUGGAGUUGUCAGGAGAUUCUCCGAAGCAGGCAGUACAUCCGAAUAAAUCAAAACAUUCGUCGAAUGCGCGUUUGCGUCCGUGUGUGCGAGGCCAGCGCUACCAUCAAUGCAUAA